ACCUGUUAUUUUCCACGCUUGACUGAUUCACGGACUGAUUCACAAUUAUUUACACAUGCUAGUCAUGAUUUAAGGAAUACCUGUAUUUCAUUUAUUUCAUUCUGUACCUGAAACUUGGUGAAAGCAGUCACACUUAUAAUUGAUUUUGUUGGAGAUACAAUUCUUUUGAAAACUUCGUAAAACUGUCUUUACCAUGUCGUUAGACACAAAAGAUAGCUACAAUAUAAAUAAUGGCUUAAAAGAAAGGAAUGGAGAUGUUGAUGUAAAUGUUGAUGAAGAUACUGAAGAUAGAGGACAAUGGGGCUCCAAAUGGGAGUUUAUUCUGUCUUGUAUUGGGCUUUCUGUAGGAUUAGGAAACGUGUGGCGUUUCCCUUACCUGGCAUAUGAAAAUGGAGGAGCUGCCUUCCUGAUUGCUUAUUUAGUCCUACAGUUCCUGAUAGGAAAGCCCAUGUACUUCAUGGAGUUAGUUAUGGGUCAGUUCUCUGGUUUAGGACCAACAGGGGUUUGGAAAAUGAACCCAAGUGCUAAAGGUAUUGGUAUAUCUAUGGCUCUCAUAUCCCUAGUAGUGGCAAUCUACUAUAACGUGAUCAUGGCCUAUACACUGAUCUACUUCUUCUCCUCCAUGCAGAAAACUCUACCAUGGACUGUUUGUGAAGAUGCAUGGUUACCAUUAGGAUGUGUAGAGCAGUCGACACAGAGAUUAGACUAUUGCUCUAUGAACAUUACACAAUUAUUGACCGAUAACAAAGCCUGUAGAUGUUUUUUGAACGGGACAGAUUCUUUAUUGUCCGACCAGGGAUUUAACUGUACUAAUGUCACAUACCAAGGAGACGUCCCAGUACCUGUAGCACAGCUCUAUUUUGAUAAAACUGUAAUAAACAAGGCUGACGAUUUCUAUCCUGAUACAGGAAAUCCACAAUGGAAGUUAGCACUCUGUCUUCUGUUGUCGUGGAUUGUUGUUGUUCUCUGUUUAGUAAGGGGAAUUAAGUCUUCAGGAAAAGUUGUAUAUUUCACAGCCACUUUCCCAUAUGUUAUAUUGUUGAUAUUGUUGAUCCGUGGAGCUACACUAGAUGGCGCUAUUGAUGGAAUAAAAUAUUUUUUGAUACCUGAAUGGUCCAAACUAGCAGAUCUAAAGGUAUGGGUUGCUGCAGCAGGACAGAUGUUUUUCUCUCUCAGUGUGUCCUUUGGUGGAAUUAUAAUGUUUGGAAGUUACAACAAAUUUAGUAACAAUGUAUAUGGUGAUGCCUUGUUAAUCGCUGUAAUGGAUCUGGUUACCAGUAUAAUAGCUGGUUUUGUCAUUUUUACAACAUUUGGAGCAUUAGCUAAGAAAACAGGACUUCAAGUCUCAGAAGUUGCCAGGGGAGGUUAUGGAUUAGCCUUUGUAGCCUACCCUGAGGCAUUGUCUAACCUACCUCUACCUCAAUUAUGGUCGGUUUUGUUUUUCUUCAUGUUGUUUACACUUGGGCUUGACAGUGAGUUUGCUUUAUUGGAAACAGUUUUGACAUGUAUACAGGAUGAGUUCCCAAAACUCAGAAAAUAUAAAAGUCACAUGUGUAUUGGUUUGGGAGUGAUAUGUUUCUUUUUGGCUUUACCAUGUGUUACACCAACAGGAGAUUACAUAGUAGGAUUAAUGGACAGUUAUGGCGCUGAUUUCUCUGUAUUGUGUGUAGCCACUUGUGAAUGUGUAUCUGUACUAUGGGUUUAUGGAGUGACAAGAUUUAUUAGAGAUAUUGAAUUUAUGUUGGGUAAAACCCCAGCACCAACUACAUACUGGUUGUUUUGUUGGGUGUUAGCUUCACCACUUCUUAUUGGGGGUCUGUUUGCAUACCGUCUGAUUGAGUAUGUACCACCUAAAGUCAAAGAUGGAGUAUUUUUCCCAGAUUUCGCCCAGAUUAUUGGAUGGUGUGUGACUGCCGUAGUGUUAUGUCCUAUACCUUUGUACUUUGUUUAUAAAUUCAUCAUAACACCUGGCAAAGUCACUGAAAGACUAAGAAUAGUAACAACGCCAACAGCUGACUGGGGACCCAAUACCAAGGAAAAAGUAUACAAUCCUGAAGCACAUUUAAUGUCAACAGGCAUUGGAAGAAAAGGAGAUUAUGCUUAUGACAAUCCUGCUUCACAAUUAUAAACUAUAGCAAUAUUAGAACCAUAAAGAUUGUUUCUCUUUGAAGUAUAUUUCAAAAUGAAUGCAUCACACAUAGUUUCAGGGUACUUGUAUAACAAAGAAAUGCAGAGCUAUUUUUAAUUUUUACUCAAUAGUGGAGAAUUUUGUGAAUAUGACAGAAAACCAUCACAAAUAUAUUGUAAAUCCGUCUACUCCCUGAUUUUUUCAGUAUUUUAAUCAAUUCCAACAUAAUUUUAGUGCUGAAUUUUGAAAUGUACAUAGUUUUACAUUUUUUUAUUACUUUAAAUACAAGAACUAUAAAAUAUUUUUAAAGUGAAUUUAUCAAUUGUUUGAAAAAUUACAUUUCUUUGAUUCUAUAUGACUUUAUUUUUUAACUUAAAACUCCUUCAUUUUUUAUAAGUGAUUUUAAAAAGUGAUGAAUUGAGAAAUUUUAUGAUUUUAAUUUGUUUUUGUUUUUUAAAGACUGCUUUUUUAAAAGAUGAAUAUCAAAGAUAGAAUUGUUAUGAAACUAAAUACAAAACUAUUCUUUAUUAAAGUAGAAUGAAGUUAUAAAGUAAAAUAAUGAUUUUGCUAAUAUUUCAAAUGUUGCAUACAAUAGAUACCUCAUUUGUGUUAUUUAUUUUAAGGAACCAAUUCAUUGAAAUGUUGUAAUUAAAGUUUUGUCUUCUCUUGAUUGUACUGCAUUUUCAAUGCAAAAUUAACCAUUUUUUCAAUGCAGGUUAAAUUUACAUCUUUACACAAAUUAUUAAUCAUCCAGAUUUACCUAAAAUUGAGAAAUUUUAAAUUUGGAAUCAUCGAAACAAUAUUUUUCUUUUUUAGUUUGAAUCAUCAAAAAGAUUUUUUUACAAAAUCAAUGAAAUUUAUACCAGAAUCAAGGGAGUAUUUAAUAAUCAUGUCUGCAUGAGUUUGAUAUAAAGAUGUUCACACUUUCAUGACAUUCCUUUAAAAUAUGACCUUUUUAUAUGUAUAUAAUUUCCUUUCUACAAUUUUAUAGUUGUUAAACAUAUCAAACAAGAUUUUUUUACAUAUUAUAUAUAUCUACAUUUGUACAUAUCAUGUAUAUCAAUUCAUAACGAGGAAAUUUCUAUGUUUUGCUGAUUAAUACAUCUUAGGUCUGGAUUUAUCUAGUUUUAUUAUAUAGAUUGGGCAACGGAUUCAUGUGGUAAUUUUCUUGUAUCCAUGUCUCCAAAUAUUACAUAACUAUUAAAAGUAGAUUGAAACUAAAAUUCAUAUUAGCUUAUAUAUUUAACUUUGUUUGGUAUGACUUUACAUGUUACAAAAUCAUUCUUUUACUAAAAAGAUAACUGUCAAUAGUAAUUGCACUAAACCAGAAGAUUUUACAAAGCAGAAUUUAAUUGAUAAAGAGUAUUAUAUUUUAUAUUGGAGAUUGUUUUUUUUAAACAGAAAUAUUUUUAAGAUAGUUUCCGUAUUUUUAUUUUCAUCCACAUGUGAUUUGUUGGUGAUAUUUUAUUGUUAUUGAUAUUGUUGAAAUCCAUGAAUCGAUUGUUUGUACAGUUAUCUCAUUCAAAAUAAAUAGAUACAAACAUUUA